GCGCCUCCUCAGGCUGGGAUGGAGCCGUUGACCGUCGCUACUGGGGAAGAUGGGCCGGUCGGACCCCCAGCUUCGGAGAACGGCGAUCUGUCCGUUUCCCAGCGCCGGGCGCAGCUGAGGAGAAAGAAACUGCUGAUGAACUUGGAGCAGCGAAUCGACCAGAUCAUGGGCUUCCACAGGAGCGGGAGCGCCACGGAAGAAGUGAACAGAGAAUCAAAGCCGCGUGACACUGAAAAGCUGAACUCCCUCACUGCUCCUGCAGUUUCAAAGCGAGUAGCGCUGGGUGAUUGGACUAGCACAGCAACAGUGGACCACCAGGGCAGCAUUACAGAAAUCAAGGGAACCCAACUGGUAGAUAAAAAGGACUCUUUGAUCAAUCCACCUGAGAGUAGCAAUGAUGGUAACCUUAAACUUCGUCAUCGAAAAAGAGAUCUCACAAGUGAAACUGUCCAGAGAAGCUCUCAGCACGGCUUAGACCAGUAUGAAGCAAUGAAGUUAAGAAAACAAUUGAUUAGUGAGAAACCUAAUCAAGAGCAUGGAAGUACAGGGGAAGAAUUCGAUACUUUUCGAAUUUUCAGAUUGGUGGGAUGUUCUGCUCUGCUUGCCCUUGGAGUUCGGGCUCUUGUAUGCAAAUAUUUGUCCAUAUUUGCUCCGUUUCUUACUUUGCAACUUGCAUUCAUGGGAUUAUCUAAAUACUUCCCCAAAAGUGAAGAGAAGGUGAAGAGGACAGUACUAACUGCUGCACUUUUAUUGUCUGGAAUCCCAGCUGAAGUAAUCAGUCGUUCCAAGGAUACCUAUAGCAAAAUGGGAGCUGUUUUCACAGACCUUUGUGUCUACUUUUUCACUUUCAUCUUCUACCAUGAACUGCUUGUUUGGGGGGGCUCUGAAGUUCCAUGA